CGGUCAAAGGGAAAUUUCCAGCGAGAAGUAUAGAACCAUUAGGACCAAUAAUUGAUGAUUAUUUAAAGAAUGAUGUAGAAUUAUGCGACAAAGCAUUUCAUUUUUUAUUAUCAGCAAACUUAUGGGAACAGGAAUCACAUUUGAAAAAUACUAUCCUCAAUGGUAAAACAUUAGUUAUGGAUCGAUACGCAUAUACCGGUGUUGCAUAUUUAACCGCUAAGGGUUUAGAUUUAAAUUGGUGUAAAUCUUCAUAUACUGGUUUACCAUCACCAGAUAUUGUCUUUUUCAUGGACGUUCCGUUGGAAGAGACUGAAAAAAGGGAUGGAUUUGGUAGUGAAAGGUUUGACAAAAGUGAGAUUCAAGUAAAGGCAAGAAAUGUAUAUUUAUCAUUGACAGGCCCAGAAUGGAAGAUAUUAGAUGGUCGACAAUCAAUUGAUGAACUUCAUGAAAAAAUUGUAAACAUGUCCCUAGAAGUAGUUCAAAAGUGCGGUGCCAUACCAAUACAAGAUUUGUGGAAAAAUUCUUAA